AUGACUGUCUUCACUCUGUUCCAAGGAAUAAAGGAAAUGUUCAAUUUGGCCCGAGUGCCCUCCAUCCUUAUGCCGGGAGGGGUUUAUGUGGCCUACGUGCUCAUUGGCGGGGUGGUAUUUUGGAAGUUGGAGGGGGAUCUCGGAGAUUUUAUCAGUGAUUUAUUGAUGAACAAACAGAAGCUGUUGUCGACGUACACGUGUCUGGACCAAGAUGGCCUCGAGGAGGUGAGUCAGGUUAUUCAAGAUGCGUCCAAAGUGGGCCUGAGUUUGAAAGGCAACAGCACCACACAUGGAUUUUGGAAAUUCACCAACUCAGCUGUGUUUGCUGCCACUGUGGUCACAACAGUAGAUUAUAAAGACAUCUUUGCCAUUUUUGGCAUCCCGCUUAAUAUGGUGUUGCUCAACAGGGUGGGCAAGUACAUGCGCAUCAUUGAGGGGAAGACCGGCAGACAGGUGAGGACACGCUUCUUCGUCCACUUGGUGUCCUACCUGUCGGGAGCCCUCAUCUUCUUCAUCGCUCCAAUAGUCGUGUUCCAGCUCCAUGAAGGUUGGACCUACUCACAGGCCAUCUACUACUGCUUCAUCACCCUCAGCACCAUCGGCUUUGGAGACUUUGUGGCUGACAGUAACCCAGACAAGGUGUACCCAGAGUGGUACAGUGUCCUCAUGGCCUCCUGGAUAUUCUUCGGCCUGACCUGGUUGGCGCUCGUUAUCAACCACUCCAUUGACAUCCUGGAGAGGCUCAAAGCUCAUCAGAGAAUUCCUAGUGGAGUGGAGGAGUACAAGUAUCUGGGGGUCAUGUUCAAGAGUGAGGGAAUAAUUGAGUGCAAGCUCGACUGGUGCAGGGUCUACAGUGAUGCGGACUAUGUGUGUGUCGCGUCGUGUCUGUCGUGGUGA